UCUUCACUGCAUUACAGCAGACGAAAAAACAUAUAAACUCAUGGAAGUUUACUGUAAACGAUUUCUUCAAAAUAUUAAAGUUACCUGGUACAAUUUGACAGACGAGAGAAUCAAAGAAUUUAAUCGUGGAUGUUUAAUAUUGAAAUCUAAAGAAGAACGAUUUGGUGACACUCUAACCAGUACAAUAGAAACAUGUCAAUUUAUCUCAGACGAUAAAUCACUUUUGCUUGUUGUGAUCAAUACAUCAGGAGGAACACUUUACUUACCAGACGUUGAUAUAAGUUUCAUAAAAUCUAAAACGCAAAUACUAUGUAAGAAUGGAAACUUUGGAAAUCAUGCCACAAAUAAAGCUGCUAUGUAUGACAUUAAACGAUUUCUUCAGGGAAGUGAACAGGACGUUUCCCCCGUUUCAAUCUCAAGACCAUGACUAUAAAGUAUUGUU